AUGCACUUCACUGCCCCCUCCGUUGCCAUCUUGGCCCUCGCUGCCGGUGUCUCUGCCGGUGCUGUCAACAAGCAGCACGAGCCCCCCGUCCACGGCGGCAAGAGCGUCGGCAAGCACCAGGCUACUGGCGCUACCGGUAUCUCCACUGGCACCCACCCCAUCAUCACCGGUGCCCCCAGCAACGGUACCCACGGAGGCAAGAACGGCACUGUUACGGUGACCUCCUCUGCUCCCUGCUUCAGCUGCCACCACGGUAGCUCUACCAUCCCCGUCUCUGUGCCCAGCAGAACCCCCGGUGCCACUCCCUCCGGCGGCGUUAUUGGAGGCGGCUCCGGCUCCGGCUCCGGCUCUGGUGGCUCUGGCUCCGGCUCCGGCUCCGGCACUGGCGGCUCUAGCUCUGGCUCUGGCUCUGGCUCCGGCACUGGCGGCUCUGGCUCUGGCACUGGCACUGGUGGCUCUGGCUCUGGUUCCGGCUCUGGUUCCGGCUCUGGCUCCGGCUCUGGCUCUGGCUCUGGCUCCGAAUCUGGCGCUUCCCCCAGCGCUUCUGGCUUCGCCCCCUCCAACCCCGGCUCCAAGGUCUCCAUCCCCCAGGUUGGCGCCGUCGGUGCAUUCAUGGCCUACGGUGCUGCUAUGUUCCUGGCAUAA